AUGAUCAAUCCUCAUAACGUGUUAAACGUUUUAUCACGUCUAACAUUCGAUAACUUAUUCAGUAAUUCACCAUCUGUAAUCAGUGUUGAUGAAGAACACAUUGCAUUUAACCUCUAUAAAUGUUUGAAUUCCAUUUUGGAAAGCACUUGUCAUAUGUUUGAAACUGAAACCACAUUGGACCAUGACGAUGAAUUGGAUGAUCAGGAUUCAGGAGAUCUCUUACCAUCAACAUUCACACAUAACUAUCCUGACACCGUCGAAGAUGCUGAUUAUGAACCUAUUGAUGAACUUAAUUUACAAAAUCAUUUUUCACUCGAUUAUAUGAACCGUGUGGUCGAAUGUUUUGAUGAAAUAGAUCCAAAUACAGGCAAACGAAAAAGAAAAUGGAAAACAAUAAAACAUCUUUUCCGACGUGUACCAAAUCCAAAAUGUAUUGCUUGUUUCCGUAACUAUAUAGAAGCAGGUGGUACAAAGAAGCAACAAAUGGAUAAUGUCGACAUUUAUGUUGAUGAUCAAUUUGAACAUGCUCGACAUCAAUAUUUAUCUGUAUAUGAUAUUGAUUUACGACGAUGGAGUCUUAAAAAAGCUCGUGAAUUAAAUUUAAAUGAUUUUCAAGCUUCUGAAUGCUGGUUAGGGAAUGUUGUUGAAAAUCAAGAAGAAAUUAAGCAAUCAGCUAAAACUUUCGUCUUGGCAACAAAUAAAAUAAUUGAAGGAUAUGGUCCUAACCCAGUAUUGAAUACGGAACACAUUGGUAUUGAGUUAGAACCUCAUGGCGAUAGUACAUUAACACAUAGUGGCGAAAGAUCUCCUUGGAGUUCUGUUCGAUCACUUGGAGCUGCAACUCAUUCAUAUACUAUCCAACCAAUAAUAACAAUGGAAGGCAGUGUUUCUAAUCCACUUUAUAUUUGUUUAAAGGAAGUAUCAGGUCAUAUUAGUGAAAACUUGAAGAAAAAUUUGUUCAAUGCAAAGAAUAUUGUUCUCACUUGUUCUAAAAGUGGUAAAUUGACAUCAUCUCUGGUCACCUAUUGGCGUGAUCAAUGUUUAAUUCCAAAUCUACGAUCAAGAACAUUAUUACUUGUUGAUAGUUUACCACACCAGGUUCAUCCAGAAGUAUAUAAAGGAUUAAAACAUUUCGAACAUACUGUAAUUCCACCAAAAACCACGUCGAUGAUUCAGCCACUUGAUGUUUAUUAUAAUCGUCAACAUAAGAAAAUUGUACGACGUAUAUAUGACCACAUACGAUUAAAUGAAAUCGAUAUAAAUUUGUCAGAACGUAAUAAUUUGAUCAAGUUGCAAUGA